AUGGCCAACACAAGCAAAAAACUUGUCUCCCUCUUCACCUACUUCCUCUGCCUUCUUGGUCUGAGCCAUUACUGUUCUUCCCAAAAGACUUGUCCACCUUGUGGCCCCAUACAAGUCCCAUAUCCUCUAAGCACAAACCCGAACUGCGGCGACAAAGAUUAUACACUUCGUUGUGAUCCCUUCUCUAAGAAACUUUACUUUGAUGCCCUUAAUGGAACUACUUAUGUUGUACUAAGAAUCAUGGCACAACUUCAACGCCUUGUUGUAAGGCCAUCACCAUGGCUGCCUGGCAAAUGUGUGACUCGGGACAUGGAGGUAGGUGAAGGCCUGUGGUUAAACCAGUCCCUUCCCUUCAACAUCACUUCCUCCAACACAAUCUUCCUCCUCAACUGUUCUCCUCGCCUGCUGGUCUCUCCCCUGAACUGCACCCCUUCUAGCCUAUGUCACCGCUACUUGGAGAGCUCGGGACAUGUCGAUUCAAAGCGAGCUUUCCAAUGUGCGAGUGACCUUGAUCCUUGUUGCACAUUCAUCGCUGGUGGGAUGCCUUCCGCCUACAAGAUAAGGCUUCACAGUUCUGGUUGUAGAGCCUUCCGAAGCAUCCUUCAUUUGGACAUGGAAAAGCCCGCAAAUCUGUGGGAAGAAGGGUUGGAGAUUCAAUGGGCCCCUCCACAAGAACCAGUUUGUAAGACACAACAAGAUUGCUCUGGCGCUUCCAAAUGUUCUCCUGCAGGAAAUAGUGGUGUUUUUCGCUGCAUAUGCAAUAGGGGAUACCAAUGGGACCAUUCUCUUGGAACUUGCUUGAGAAAGAAGAGAAGUGCAAAAGUCGGCCUUAGUUUAAAGGUCUCAAUUGGGGUGAUCUCCUUUUUCUCUCUAGCUUUGGUUAUGACUCUAGUUAGAGUAAGAAAGUCCUGCAGAUUGUCUUCUAAACGCACGAAGCUUGCCAAGGCGAGAGAAGAAAUGUUGGAGUGCCAUGGAGGGAAGUCUGCCAAGGUGUUCAACCUGAAAGAAGUGAAGAAAGCAACAAAUGGAUUUUCCAAAGACAGGAUUCUAGGAAGUGGGGGUUUCGGAGAAGUCUAUAAAGGCGAGCUCCAAGACGGGACUAUUGUUGCUGUCAAGUCUGCUAAAGUGGGAAACAUCAAGAGCACAGAACAAGUACUAAACGAAGUUGGGAUUCUUUCCCAAGUUAAUCACAAGAACCUGGUUAAACUUUUGGGUUGUUGCAUCUAUUCGGAGCAGCCAUUGAUGAUUUACGAAUAUGUAUCAAACGGAACUCUUCAUGCCCAUUUACAAGGUAAGUAUCCCACCUUCUUGGAUUGGAAAACUAGGCUGAGAAUAGCUCUACAAACCGCAGAAGCGUUGACUUAUUUACACUCCUCUGCACAUACUCCAAUCUACCAUAGAGACGUCAAGUCGACUAACAUACUUCUCGACGAUUGCAUGAACGCAAAAGUAGCGGAUUUUGGGCUCUCCAGAUUGGCUUCUCCAGGUCUGAGUCAUGUCUCAACAUGUGCUCAAGGAACACUUGGUUACUUAGACCCCGAAUACUACAGAAACUACCAGUUAACUGAUAAGAGUGAUGUUUAUAGUUAUGGGGUUGUGUUGCUUGAGCUUCUCACAUCCCAAAAGGCCAUAGAUUUCUCUCGUGAUCAAGAUGAUGUGAAUUUAGCAACUUAUGUGAGAGGGAGAGCCAAAAGUGAUGCAAUACUGGAAAUAGUUGAUCAAAGGCUAAUGCAAGAGGAAAAGCCUUCUUCAAGUGAUGUUUUGACAAGCUUAAAGCUCGUUCUAGAGCUUGCACUUUCAUGUUUAAGGGAGAAGAAGGAAGAUAGGCCUACCAUGAAGGAAGUAGUUCAGGAACUCCAACGUAUUAUUCAAAUUGUAAAUCAAGAAAGUGUGUGAAUUAGGUUAGGUUAGUAUUG